AGUGAUACUGUGUGUGUGUGUGAGGGAAGAGAGAUGAGAAGAGACAAGACCUUCUAGCUUCUACCCAAGGUCUGCUGGUGUGUUGCCUGGCAGCUUUCUCAGAGGACAGAUCCAUGAUAAGAGCCCCCUACUUGACCUUAGACACAGUCAACCAUACAAGGCCAUAUUUGAUAUCACACUGCUACAGUGCAGCCAGCCAACAAAACAUACUUUUGUCAAACUAUGGUUGGUUGAUAGUAGGGUUGAGAAGUGUUCAAGGGGGGCUAUUUUGAUGGUACUGUGGAACAGCCCUCCAGGAGCUACACUGUCACAGGACGGUGUAAACUCUGCCGGCAGCAGUGAACAGCUGCUGUUUUGUCUAAGAACUGUGAACCUGACUUCUGAACCUGUGCUACCCAGGGCCAUACUAUGUUUGUGUGCCCGUGUGUGUGUGCCAAGAGGUUUCCAUUGCUGUUCUUUUCCCACAGAGCCACAACCACUUGUGAUUACUCUACCCCUUUCUGUCAAGAGUGUAACAGAUUCAGCAGUAUGACCUCUUUAACUAUCUAGUUCCUAAAACAGUGUCAAAACCUCACUUCCUGUCAGCAGUUAACCCUAAACAAGCAGUGUGUUCAUUUGUAUUAUGAUACGUUCGGAAAGUUGAGUGGGCAUGUAACAACAUGCGAGAGAAUACUUUUUGUACUGGCACAGAAAAGGCAGACAGUAAGUAGCCAGUUGUUACACACCCAGAACUUGUACUCCCCAGAACUACUUUGCAAGGAUCUAGAAGGUUCCUUCAGCCUUUUAUUAGCCAGGUUUUCACCUCAGAACUUUUUCAAGAUUUGUGAAAUUAGUCUGCUGAUUUAUGCACCAGUGAUUAACAGGCAACGGGUGUCUUAUUUAAUCAUUAUGAAACUUCUCCCGGAUCUAUUUUGCAGUGAGAAAAAUGUUCAGCACUCUUAACAUGCCAGAGAUUUUAGAAUGCACUUUGUCAUUGCGGGUCGCUGAUUCCAGUUGUCACAGAAUUUCGUCCUCAGCAUAAAGACUUGGUGAGGACGACCGACGGCGAGUUUCCCGGUCGCUUCCCACAUCUACCAAGUUGAACAAUGUUUUUUGGUGUUUCAAAACCCAUUGACACUUCCCUGCUGUAUGACUAUGUUAAGCCUGUGUUCUGCUCCUCUCUUUCACCAACCGUCUCUGGAGGAGGGGAUCCCUUACUGAAUUGCUCGUCCCAAGGUUUCUUCCAUUUCUUCUCCUCUAUCAUGGCGAUCGUUCUGCUGCGCUAUGCCCACGUGAUAGAGAAGCACCAGAACUGUGUGUUGAACACGGCCAGCCUCUCCACCGGAUGGAUCUGUGCAGCAGGCCUCAUCAUGGUUGGCAACUUCCAGGUGGACAAUGCCAAGGUGCUGCACUACGUCGGAGCGGGAGUGGCGUUCCCCACCAGCAUGCUCUUUGUUGGCCUCCAGUCAGCGCUAACCUACCGACUGGCUAAGACCCAGGGGGAGUACAGUGUGGGACACCUCCGGCUGGCCAUGACCGUGGUGGCCCUCAUUGCCCUGGUCCUCAGUGGCGUGUUUUUUGUGCAAGAAAGUUACACCCUACAGCACGCCGCCGCUGUCUUCGAAUGGGUCUUUUGUGUCAUCGUCAUGCUCUUCUACGGAACCUUCGCCUUUGAGUUUUCCAGCAUGUCGGGAGACACCAUAAUGGUGCUGGCCCGAGGGGGGGCUCUGGGGCCAGCAGGGAGAGAGCACAAGAUCGAUUCGCUAGGAGGUUCUAGUCAUCACCCUCUUGAGAAUAUAUCAAUGCUGUAGUCCCAAAAGGAUGGCCGUAAAGCUGGCCUUUGCCAUUAUCAAUCGGGUGUGUGAUGAGUUUAAUUAUUCAUCUCAGCCACACCCAUCUGAGGGCUCGGAGUGGGCAAUGCUAUAUACUACAGGGAGUGGACUCCUUUUCAUAAAACCCAGGGAUGUGGAGUGAAAACCUAAAGGAAAGAAAUGUCUGUCAUUAUCACUAUAAUCACAGACCAGUCUCUCCAAAGGCCCUGCUUGUGUUUGCACAUUACUAAAUGAGAAAUAUUUCCCUCAAUCACCCUUUCCUGUGCUGGCCAGGAGAGGAGGCCAUUGCAACAGGUAAGGUGGUCAAUCCGUUAGUCUGAUUGGAGACAGGAGGAAGUGACGUCGGACAGUUUUCUGGGCAGAUGACAUUUCAUUAUCAACCUGUGGUUGCUAGAAUGCCAAAGAGAGAGCAAAGUAGAGAGACAAGAGAGGAGAGGCAGCACGAGAGAGAAAGGGAGAGACUAGCUCUGUUUAGUUAAGAGACUUGCUAACAGUUGAUUCUGUCAGUGCUGUCAUUAAUACUUAUAUCAAGCCACAAUGAUAUUACAGCUGAGUUUAAGAUCAUGACUGCCUUCUUGAAGAAGAUCUAAGGUCUGACAACUGGGGAUGUGCUCUCAAUCAGACUCCUCAUGGCUGACCAUUGACUGGAUCCUCCAGGACAUUGUCUGGGUUCUUUAUGUAGUCAUCUCAUAUCACUUUGUGCCUUAUGAAUACCAGACUUUGCACAGAUGGCCUGUAAACCCAAAUAGACUCUAUAUGAAUGUCCGAAAUGACACCAAACUUUCAACAGUAUUUUCUAUAUGCUUUUAUGUACAGCUCAGCAGCCCUGGAGACAGAGAGGGUGCUCACUGUUGGCUAAUUCAAGCCAGACAUCUGGACUUAUCAAGUUAAAUCGCAGGAAAUCACAAAUGUUCAAUGCCCCCAGAAUAGAGCUCAAUUAGUGUCUUCCAGUAUAUCUGGUGCAUACUGGUCGAACUCCUUUCAUUUUCAUUUGUCUGUGCUCUGCUCCAACAGGUGUGCACAUUGUUACAGUCCAGUGCCUUCUAUUGUAUAAUGUAUCUUUGACUUGACAUUUAUAAUAUUAUACUGGUAUAAUAUUAUAAACCUGGUAUUCCUCAACUCAAUUAUGUCUGUUGACAAACUGAGAAUGUAUUCAUAUAUAAUCUAGUCAGGGAUUAUUUUGCCAGCUGUUGCCCUCUAGCGUUGACUCUGAGCUAUUGCUAUCUUAUCAAAUGUAAGUUGUUUCAACGUAAAGCAUUUGUCUCCUGUGCCAUAACGUCUUUCAUUUUGAAAGUGGCCUUACUAGUUGAUCGAUGUAUAGGUCUGUUAUCGAGUUAUCACUGAACAUUGUGUCAAGCAAGGAAAAAGCUUUAAUCUCUUGCUUUGUUCUAUGUUGUUUGUGUCCUUAAUGGCCUAUGCUGGUAUUUGUCUCUGACCUACAGCUACAGUGACCCACCAUGUCUUAUCUGACAUGUACACUUACCUUUAGGUUUAGGAGGAUGAGACGCUACUUCCAUACUAUUUUAGUCCUUCCAGGCCAUUCGCUCAUGAUUUCCCCCCUGGGGUGUCAUAUUAACCCUAGCUCUAAUUACUUUGGUCUCUCAGGAAACUUUGUUACCAGCUGCAGUAAGUGAUUCUGAGCUAAAUCAACUUAUUCAAUGUAAAAUUUCUCUUGCCAUAGGAGGUGGUGUGUAACUGGCCAGUUUCGAUACAAGAUGACAAUGAAUAUUCAGGUAUAUGUACUUAUUUUGUAAACAUUUGGACUUUGGGGCAUUAAAAUAUUGGUAGAUUAUUCACAUUGUUUAGGCAUCCUCACCUUGGGUCAGAUGACCCUAACGUGAUAUACUUGUGUGCCUUUUGAUAAAACCAAAUGUGUUAAGCGUAUACAUUUUCAGUGUGCUUAACAAAGUAUUGAUUGUAAAUUUGCCUUAAUAUUAUUUGCCAAAUAAAGUGGUUAUUGAUGCAGACUCUAACAAACCUGUUUUAAUCGUUUUUCACAAUUUCAAGACUUUAAACACAAAACCAUUUAAUCAAAACCCUGACUUCUGUCAAAAUCAUGCAAUCGCCUCAAAAUCAAGUACUGUAACCUGUGCUCAAAAUCAAUAAAUGCUAUG